ACUUCCCACCCACAAAACUACACAAUCCAAAUUCCACCACAAUUUUCAGCACUUGAAAAUGAAUCAGCUAUUCGGGUCAUUCGCCAUUUUGUCGAUCUUGUGCUCGGUAGCCGCGGCGGCUGUUCCACCGUGCGAGACCCUGGUCCAAGAACUAACCCCUUGUCAGCCUUACCUCACCGAUACCGCGGCCUCCCCGACAGAUGACUGCUGCAAGGGUGCACAGAAUAUUGCUGCGUACAUCGUCACACAGAAAGAUCGAACCGACGUCUGCGAAUGCCUCAAGCCCACUGCAGUUGCCAGGGCGGACGACCCCUCUCGGAUUACUGCUCUUCCUGGUGUGUGUGGAGUCCAGAUUACACUCCCUCCCGUCACUGCUGACACCGACUGUUCCACGGUCUGAUCGAAGGUGGUGAUAAUCAAUAAAGGCUGUAUCCCGUUCAACUAAAAUAAAAUAAAAUAAAGGCUGUAUCUGGUUGUGGCUUCUUAGUUAAAUAAAUCCUUCUCAAUGUUACUAUAUGAUUAUCCUUUGGUGGAAAUAAAUAUUGCCUUAAUUUAUUGGUGGAAGUAA